AAACAAGAGGGAGAGAAGCUAUUUGGUGAGGCAUAAGGGCCCGACAGGUUUAAAACUGCUCUAUCCAUAAAAGCCCUAGGAUGUGCUGAACGGUAAAGACCUCACAGCUUGGAGAGUAAGUGGGCCAGUUGCCAUCGCGACGCAUUGGCAAGAUAUUGCCAGGAAAAGCCAUAAUGGGUCUCCUGAUGCAGUUCUCUCUGCUCCUGUGGAAGAACUUCACUCUCCGGAAGAGACAGAAGGUGCGGCUGGUUGUGGAGUUGCUGUGGCCUCUGUUUCUUUUUUUCAUACUGGUGGGAGUGAGGAGUACCAAUAAGCCAUUUUACAAAGGCCAAUGUCACUACCCAAACAAAGCCAUGCCAUCUGCUGGCGUUCUGCCCUGGCUUCAAGGUAUGAUAUGUAACAUCGACAAUCCCUGUUUGAACCACCCAACACCAGGAGAGACACCAGGCCAAGUCAAUAACUUCAACAACUCCAUAAUUGCUGGGAUGUUGAUAGAGCUACAGUCUGUUUUGGCAGACAGGUCUAUCCUCAGUCAAGUGCAGUUGCUGGUAGAUGAUGUUGACCGGUGGACCUCAGUUUUGACAAAGGCUGACCCUGGUAAAGAAAUCCUAAGAAGUAUUCUACGAGAGAAUGAAACCUUCACCACCCAUCUGACAAAGGAUUUGUUGGUUCCACCAGCUGUAGUCCAAAGCCUAAUGGAUGCUAAGAUUCAACUCAGUCCUAUGAUGGGUAUCCCAAGGCCUGGCAAUGUGAGGAGCUUCCUGUGUGAGGGGACGGAUCUGGAUGGCUAUGUCCAAUUUAGCAGCCAAGCUGAGAGGGAGGCUUUUCAAAAUGUCAGCUGCUCCCUCAGUCAACAGCAGCUGAUUAACACCCAGCAAGUCCUUCUACAAAACAUGGAUAUCAGGAAAGUGCUUUCAGGGCCCCCUUUUGCUCGGGACCUGAAUUCGAUGGACAUAGAGGCACCAAUGAGGAAAAUGACUGCAGAUGCACUACCACUGAUCGAGAAUGUGGUCAGGCUGCAGAACUCCAUGAUCUUUAAGGCAGCAGAGUCCCUGGAUUUUCAAGAGGACAUGUUUGGAAGUGUUAACAUGCUGCUGUGUGGGAAACAUCCUAACUACAACUCCACCAACAUGACCUUCAGUUUGCCUUCACCUACACAGAUGGCUAACAAUAUGUCAACUUCCAGCAUGGGCAACAGUUCUGAUGCCUUUUGUCAGAUUCUCGUUGACACCCUGGAGGGCACACCUGGUCUGCGCUUCAUUUGGAGCACCUUCAAGCCAUUACUGCGAGGGAAGGUUCUCUACGCACCAGAUACACCUGCUGCUCGCCUCCUAGUUAAAGAAGCAAACAGCACUUUCAACUCCCUAGCCAUGGUAGGGGAGCUGGUAGAUUCUUGGGAUGAACUUGGACCACGUGUCUGGGAUUUUUUGCAGAACAGCCCUCAGGUCAACACAAUGCGGGCUCUGUUGGCGAAUCCCAUCUUCGCGGCAGCCCUCAACCAGCGCCUCAGUGGGACAAGAUGGACAGCCAAACUACUGGAGAACUUCCUGUACAACGGGCCUCCAGAAGAACGUCCUCCUGGCAUGCCUCCCUAUGACUGGCGAGAUGCUUACAAUACCACCACUCAAAUCCUGAAGCUCAUCUCCAAAUUCGUCGGCUGUUGGGAUCUGAAUAAGUUCGAAGCAGCCGCGACUGAAGCCCAGCUGGUGAACAAAGCUUUGGAGCAUCUGAAAAACGAUACUUUCUGGGCCGGAGUUGUCUUUCAAAACCUCCAACCAAACUCAAGCCACAUCCCUACCUAUGUCAAGUACAAAAUACGGAUGGACAUUGAUGAAGUAGAACGUACAAACAAGGUGAAAGCCAGGUCGUGGUCUCCUGGAGCCAGGGACAACUCCUUUGAUGACCUCCGCUACAUCUGGGGAGGCUUUGCCUACCUGCAGGACAUGAUGGACCACGCUGUUAUACGACUGCAAACGUCAAAGUCUCAGCCGCUUGGUGUUUUUGUCCAGCAAAUCCCAUACCCAUGCUUUGUUGAUGAUGCCUUCAUCCAGAGUAUUGGAACCAUUCUGCCCAUGUUCCUGGUGCUGGCCUUCAUGUACUCUGUGUGCAUGACCAUCAAAAGCCUGGUGCUGGAGAAGGAGCUGCGGCUCAAGGAGGUGCUGCGAGCUGUUGGUGUUCAAAAUGGCGCCCUCUGGUCUGCCAGGUUCACAGAGAACAUUGUUCUGCUCAUAGUCCCAUGUGUGCUCAUAAGUGUCAUGGUCAAGUAUGGCAAAGUCCUGCAGUACAGCGACCCCUCAGUAAUCUUUGUCUUCCUGCUGGUGUUCUGUCUGGCCACCAUCUCCCAGUGCUUCCUCAUUAGCAUCUUCUUCUCUAAGGCCAAUUUAGCGGCGGCAUGUGGCGGGCUCAUCUUCUUUCUCCUCUACCUGCCACACAGCCUCUGCUAUGCCUGGAGGGAUGUCAUGGGUUUCAGAGCUAAGUUGGCUGUGAGUUUGCUGUCAUGUGUUGCCUUUGGCUUUGGGUGCGAGAACUUUUCCAAGUAUGAGGAGCAAGGCAUCGGAAUAAGGUGGCACAACGUUGGCGGGAGUCCCCAGGAGGGGGAUCCCUACACCUUCAUCGUCUCCAUCGCCAUGAUGCUCUUUGAUGCUGUCCUAUACUGGGUGCUAACCUGGUACAUUGAAAAUGUCUUCCCAGGCCAGUAUGGGAUUCCUAAGCCGUGGUAUUUCCCAUUUACUUCAUCUUACUGGUGCGGGGUGACACCAGUAACUGAAAACAACCCCGAUCUGCUGACAAACUCUGGGGCAGAUGACGGAUAUUUUGAAAGACCACCUCCCGGUGUGAAAGUAGGGGUGUCAAUUCGCAAUCUUGUCAAAAUCUACAAAACCGGGAAAAAGCUGGCGGUUGACGGCCUGAGUGUGGACUUCUUUGAGAAUCACAUCACAUCAUUUUUGGGCCACAAUGGAGCUGGAAAAACAACCACAAUGUCAAUUCUGACAGGACUGUUCCCACCUACAUCAGGAACAGCCCUCAUUCACGGACAUGACAUUCGCACCGACAUAGACAACAUUCGGAAGUAUUUGGGAAUGUGUCCGCAGCAUAAUGUCCUAUUUAAUGAGCUCACUGUGGAGGAGCACAUUUACUUCUAUGCCAGGCUGAAGGGAUGUAGUCGCAGUGAGGUUAAAUCUGAGAUGGACCAGAUGAUUAAAGAUGUUGGUUUACCACACAAGCGGAAGGAUCUUGCUAAGAACCUGUCAGGUGGGAUGCAGCGAAAACUUUCCGUGGCCAUAGCAUUUGUCGGUGGUUCAAAGAUUGUCAUCCUGGAUGAACCAACAGCCGGAGUAGACCCUUAUGCUCGACGGGGGAUCUGGGAACUACUGUUAAAGUACAAACAAGGUCGCACCAUCAUUUUGUCAACACACCACAUGGAUGAGGCAGACAUCUUAGGAGAUCGCAUAGCCAUCAUCUCCCAAGGAAAGAUGCAAUGCUGUGGCUCCUCGCUCUUCCUCAAGAAGUGUUUCGGCAGUGGCUACUACCUGACUCUGGUCAGAGAUGAGAUGGAAAAGAUGACUAGUCAACGUAAAAAUAUCAAACAAAAUCUGUCCAGGGAGGAACAAACAGAGACAGACCGUCCUUUCAGAAGUAGUCCAGAUGAUGGCUUUGGCAGUCACACGUGGGACAAUUCUGACCCAACAGCAGAUCUUGCCUCUGUGACUCAGCUAGUGUGCCGCCAUGUACCAGAGGCUACAUUUUUGGAGAGCAUUGGUCAGGAGAUCACGUUCAUCCUGCCCUACAGUGGAGCAAGAGAUGGGACCUUUGCCACACUCUUCCACAAGCUUGAUCUUGCCAUGGCUGACCUUGGCCUGACCAGCUAUGGUAUCUCUGACACCACAUUGGAGGAGAUAUUUCUCAAAGUGGCAGAAGAUACUGGCGUGGAUGCAGAAAUACCAUCAGCAAAGGAGCCAUUGGUUAGAGACUGGAAAAGAAGCUCUCGUGAAUCUAAGAGGAACAGUGUUGCCACCGUCCACGCUAAAUCAGACCACAACAGGCUGAGUGAGUUAAAGGAAAAAUGUUCAAAUAAAGUGAAAGAUUUUAGUCAAGGUGCCAGCCUGAAUGGAAGAGGAUCCAUGGUCAUCACCGGCUGGAAGCUGAUCAGGAGGCAGUUUCUGGCACUCUUCAUCAAGCGCUUCCACCACGCCCGAAGGAGCCGCAAGGGACUCAUUGCACAGGUGGUCUUGCCUGCUUUCUUCGUGUGCCUGUCUCUGAUCUUCUCCCUCAUCGUCCCACCAUUCAGUGAAUAUCCAAGUCUGGAGCUACAGCCCUGGAUAUAUGGUCUGCCCCAAACCACAUUUUACAGCAAUGACAUGCCAGAAAAUUUGGAGGUGGCUAAGGUGGCAGACACUUUAGUGAACAGCCCUGGUUUUGGGACACGCUGUAUGCAUGGAAAUCCGAUACCAGCCCUACCAUGCUCACCGACUAACUCCAAUUGGUUCACUCCAUCUGUGGAUCAGUCAGUCACGGACAUCUUCCUCAAUGGGAACUGGAGCAUGUCUAACCCCUCGCCUUCCUGCCAGUGCAGCACUCCUAACCGGAUGAUUAUGUUACCCGACUGUCCACCCGGAGCGGGAGGUCUCCCUCCACCUCAGAGAGUACAAAACACAACAGACACUUUACUGGAUUUAACCGGACGAAACAUGACAGAUUUCCUGGUCAAGACUUUGGAGAACUUGGGUAAAAAAAGGUAUGGAGGCAUUUCCGUGGGAGCGGUCAACUCACAAGUCCGUCUAACAGAGGCAGAAAUUGAGGAUGUCUUCAGGGAUUUAAAAGCCCUGUUUAACUCAUCUCAGGAUAACGUCACUGAUCAGAACCUGCGGAGAGCCGAAACGCUGCUGAAGAAGCUGGGAACCAGGGACAAUGUCAAGGUGUGGUUCUAUAAUCAAGCAUGGCACGGGAUGGUGUCCUUCCUAAGUGUGGCCAACAACGGCAUCCUGAGAGGAAAUCUACCUGUGGGAGAGGAUCCACGGCAUCAUGGCAUCUCUGUUUCUAAUCACCCCCUAAACCUAACCAAAGAGCAGCUCUCCUAUAUGGCUAUGGCCACGACCUCUACAGACGUGGUGGUGUCCAUCUGCGUUAUUUUCGCAAUGUCCUUCAUCCCUGCCAGCUUUGUCCUAUUUCUCAUCCAGGAGAGGGUGAGCAAAGCCAAGCAUCUACAAUUUGUCAGCGGUGUAAACCCAACUAUCUACUGGUUAACCAAUUUCGUCUGGGAUAUGUGUAACUACAUCGUGCCCUGCUUCAUAGUGAUCGUGAUCUUCCUCUGCUUCCAACAAAAAGCCUACGUCUCACUGCCCAACCUGCCCGCUUUGAUACUGCUCCUUCUUUUUUAUGGGUGGGCCAUUACACCCAUGAUGUACCCAGCCUCCUUCAUCUUCAGCGUGCCCAGCACAGCUUACGUGGUGUUGACCUGCAUCAACCUCUUUAUUGGCAUUAAUGGCAGCGUGGCCACCUUCAUCAUGGAGCUCUUUGAUGAUGAUAAUAUUUCUCGCAUCAAUGACAUAGUGAAGCAGGUGCUGCUGAUAUUCCCACAUUUCUGUCUGGGCAGAGGCCUAAUUGACAUGGCCAAGAACCAGGCGAUGGCAACGCUUUACAUCAGUUUUGGUGAAGAUCGUUUUAAGAAUCCACUCGGCUGGGAGAUGGUGGGAAAAAAUCUCCUUGCCAUGUCCAUUCAGGGAAUUGUGAUGUUCAUCUUUACCAUUCUCAUCCAGUACAAGUUCUUCUGCAAAUCAAGGCUCAUUUCAGCAAAGCCAUCGGCUACAGAGGAGGAGGAUGUCGACGUCGCCCGGGAACGCCAGAGGGUGUACGAAGGCAGAGCUCAGAACGACCUGUUGAGGAUCUGGGACCUCACAAAAGUAUACCCUAGGAAGAGAACCCCUGCUGUGGACCGGCUAUGCAUGGGUGUGCCUGCUGCAGAGUGUUUCGGGUUGCUGGGGAUCAACGGUGCUGGGAAAACAACGACGUUCAAGAUGCUGACGGGAGACAUCCCAGUCUCCAGCGGAGAGGCCUUUCUAAACGGAUACAGCAUACGAAGAGAAAUGAGAAAUGUACACCAGAACAUGGGUUACUGUCCCCAGUUUGACGCCAUUAAUGAACUUCUGACUGGUCGAGAGCAUCUGGAGUUUUAUGCUCGGUUAAGAGGGGUACCAGAAGUAGAGGUUGCCAUGGUGGCUGAGUGGGGGAUUCAGAAGUUAGGGCUGGUCAAGUACGCCAACAAGUCAGCAGGAACCUACAGCGGUGGAAACAAACGCAAACUUUCCACAGCGAUUUCCCUGAUCGGGUGUCCGCCAGUGGUUUUCUUGGAUGAGCCAACCACUGGAAUGGACCCCAAAGCCAGACGCUUCCUGUGGGACUGCAUCUUGAGUGUCAUCAAAGAGGGACGCUCAGUCAUUCUCACAUCGCACAGUAUGGAGGAGUGUGAAGCACUGUGCACCCGCAUGGCCAUCAUGGUAAACGGUCGCUUCAAGUGCCUUGGAAGCAUCCAGCAUCUAAAAAACAGGUUUGGUGAUGGCUACACGGUUAUCUUACGUGUCGGUGGCUCCUCUCCUGCUCUCAAGCCAGUCGAGGACUUUGUCCAGCAGACAUUUUCAGAUAGCAUUCUCAAGGAGAAACACCACAAUACACUCCAGUACCAGCUCCCAUACACACAGGGAGCUUUGGCCAGCAUCUUCAGCCUGUUCACUAGCAAUCAGCACAGGCUGGGCGUGGAGGACUACUCUGUGUCACAGACCACUCUGGAUCAGGUCUUUGUGAACUUUGCACAGCAACAGCAUGGGGAGGAUGACUCUCAGAGCUACAGCAACCCAGUUGACAUUACAGAUGAGCUGCCACUGAGGUCACUGCAGACCUCCUAAGAAGCAGAGAAGGUUUAAAAGGAGAAAUUAAUGUAUGGCACCUGAAGGGAUCAGCAAUACAUCUCAAAUAAGUUUAAAUGGAGUGUGAUUUUAAAUGGGCAGUAGUACAGUAAUGGCUCUUUAUGGCCAUUUACCAGCAUGUUCUAUAAAAUGAACCAAACUUACUGUAGAUAAGUAUAGAACAUGUCAUGGUCAGUUUUUUCCUUAUACCACAUUUUAUUCCAGUUUACCAUUUAAUCAAUGUAAAAUCUACCCAAAAAAAAAAAAAAAAAAAAAAAAACAAAUUAAACAAAUUUAAAAAAAGCAAAAAGCUUUUGCACACAUGUCUUUGGUGACUGUCAUUAUUCUCAAAAUAGAUCUGACCCACAUACAGAAGAACACUCUGGAGAGAAGGAAUAAAGAUAAUGUUUUUAUUGUGUCUCAAACAAUCAGAUAACAAGAACGGACGAAUCAGCAACUGUACGGGAAGAGAACAAGGAGCUAAAUGAUACUAAGCAAAAGACGAAGAAUUCUUAUAAUCAAGAGAACAGCUUACUAGAAACGUGGGGUCAGCUCACCAGGGGUUGAGGGAUUUGGGAUCCAGGUUGUGUGCUUGGAGCAAACAGGAAUGAGUCUGGUGUGCAGAUGCUUACGUUGGACAGGGUAUGCUUACGGCUUGAUCCAGGAGACGAAAGUAGCAGGAAACCGCCAGCUUGAUGCGAAUCCAAACAAAGACAGGAGAUGGGAAACGAAGUUCUCAAAACGUAGGUACUCUUGGUUAUCCAGAAAACUUCCAGACACGUAGUCAGUGCUUAGCAAAGUAAAUCCAAAGUCUCAAUCUGCAAAGGAGCAUAAAGUUACAUGAGGUCAAAGAACAAAACAUAGACUUAGCAUUUGGCUGAGCUUGUUACCACUGAGGGCAAAACACUCUGUUAUCGAAGUGGUGGCAGCCUCCUGCUUAAGUACUCCUCAAAGUAAUCAGUGGAAUAAGUUGCACCUGUCACCCAGCACACCUGAGAACUCCAGCACCGUCUGAAAACACUAAACACGUGUAGCAAGCACAAAACACAAACAUAAACACAACCCAGAUCCUGACAUCAACAUCAUGUAAGAGAAGCUAAAAAGAGUGCAAAACUGUCUAAAGUAGCUUAACUAACCAUACUUUUUAACCGAUACCAACUAAUCAGUUUGAUUUGUGUACCUUAUAUGUCAUCAACCCAAAUAAACAAAGCACAAUUAGCUGGGAGAUUUUCUCAAUGGGUUUAAAGGCCAGUUGUCUUUUUUGUUGUCAAAAAUCUAAAUAUGUAAAAAUUUGUGACUCAAAAUUGCCCCAUUAAAAAGACUCUUGAAGUUGCUUUAGGUGGUCAAGAGGUUAAUGCUCUACUGUAAAAAAAAUCCUAGUUUUAUGAAAUUGUACAAUAGCUAAAAAUCUCUACUUCCCUCUCUGAAAGAGAACAUAAAUGCUGGUGUUAUAGCUACGCUUAACCACGCAACACAACCUAAGAUCUAGACAUGCAAACAUCCAUGAGUGCAAUGGCCUAAACACAGAGCCUGUACACGGCGGACAACUAGAUCCUGUCUAAUAGGGUGAAAUAAUGUACUUCAAAUACCCCCAUUAGAAAAAGGAAACUGUCCCUUUACCAGUUUAAAUAUGGGACUAGAAAUGUGUCAGCAGUUAGUGUAAAGACAAUUCUCCAGCCUUGCAGGCUUUAUUUUCAUAUCCACUUAAAAUUUCAGUGUGUUUACUGCAGAAUUUCUUAAAGACUUUCUAAAAUUGUGUCCCAGUGUAAAAAGUUGCUCAUGAAAUAAACAAAAUAACUAUUGUUUUAAAAACCAGUACAUAACACUAGGUAUUUCAAUUUUUAAGUCAAGAUGAGUUGAGUUACUCUACUGGUACUUUAAUAUUUUAAUACAUUAAAACAGUGUAAAAUUAAUUCCAAAAACAACUUUAUUUAAGAUUUGGGCCAUGGAUAAAAUAAAUCUUUUUUAUUUUUAAUCAAAGGUUAAAAACAAAAAGCAGUUGAGGUUUGUUUUGAGAUUUGUUGCUGAUCAUUAUAUAUCUCAGGGCAGGUCUAUGGGCCAAGUCUUCCCUUCCCUUUAUAAAAAAUUAUGUAGGAUACCUCAGCCUAGAUGUUCAAUUAAAUUUUUGUUUGAAACAUGUAUCAUUUGUUUACAUUUGACAGAAUGUAAUUCUAUUAGUUAUGUUGCAAACACUUUAUGUAGCAAUGUUGAGGCCACACUAUUGCCUAAAUGCACUAGAAAAUAGCUUUAUCCCUGUACUGUAUAUGCUGACAGGCACUUCCAAUGAUAACUUUAGGACUAAAAUUAAUAACAUCUCUGAAAUGCAUUUGCUUUGAAUGUCUGAACAGGCCUCUAAUUAACUGAAAAUAUGUUCAGAGACUGACUCAGGGGCUACUGCUAAGUGAACUGGGUGUCAACGUGUUAGUUCUGCAAGGAGGACAACACAUCCUAUGCAUGCAUCUUAAAGGUUACAGGCAGCACUUCUCAGAGCUCUUGAUGCUGCAUUAGAUGAAGCAGUCUUUUAUGUAAGUGUCCAUAUACUAGUCAUGUUUUUAUAAAAUUAUUUUGAGAUGUAUAUUACUUUAGAAUUUUAUUUUAAGCUUCAUUUUUGUUUAUUAACGUCUGUUCUAAUCAAUUUUAUGUGCUUAAAAUGUUUUUCAAAGGAUAUGCAGGAUUAAGUAUCCUUCAACAAAGAAUCGUGUAAUAAAAACGAAUACAUUUUGUCAUUAUGUGUGCUUUGUAAGACAAUGUGAUGAUACUGAUUGGAUUUUUUGUGUCAGAAUAAAAGGUAAUUCAUCCUUAA